AUGCGUGCUUCAAGGUCACCUCAUUUGGUCCACGCUCGAGAGAGGAUUCGUAUCAAUGGAAAGCCAAUCAGCGAAGCGAUGUCGGAAGGCAUGCCUCCAUAUUUCAAGUUUCUCACUCUUCUCUCCUUUCAUGUGUUUCUUGAGGAAUGUGUUGAUGUGGCUAUAGUAGAAGUCGGAAUCGGUGGAGAGUACGACUGUACGAAUAUCAUACACAUCCUCUCUAUGUGGUACAUCUCCACUUUGGACAUUGACCAUACUACCAUACUGGGAUCUACCUUACCUUCUAUCGCAUGGCACAAGGCUGGUAUUUUGAAGAAUGGUUCGCCGGCUGUAAUGAGUCCAGCUUCACCAGAUGCUCUUGCCGUCAUAGAAAAGCGUGGUUUGGACCGCUGA